AUGGAAUAUGCACCCUGCUUCCUAAAGUCAGACCCUUUAGAGGUUUUAGAAGAUCUUAAGGCACUAGAGGGCUCUAAACUGCAUCAAGUUAUAAGUAAAUAG